AUGGGUUAUGAGCCAGGAGCGUUAAGUGAGCGAUUUGCACCCUCGAAUCAGACAGAGCUCUACCGAGCACAGUUGAGGGGGCGUAAAAAGAAGGCAACAGAAACAAUUCCAGAACAAAAUAUAAAAAGAUUUACUCACUUAGCCUAUCCGACGGUACCCACUGAUGUCAUGGAGAUACAAGCUAAGGAACAAUUCCUUGAUGCUCUUUUCGAAUCAUAUAUGAGACUCCGUGUAAAGCAGGCUAGACCAAGAGACUUGAACCAAGCCAUUAGACAUGCAAUAGAGCUAGAAGCUUAUUGUAAGGCAGAGCAAAAGCAGAUUGAAAAGAAGGGUUUCUACAGAUCAAUUGAUAACACAUCAGAUGCAAGUUCUCAGUGUGAAAAUUCUGAACUUGUUGAUCCAUGGACUACACAAGAAUUACAAGUAAAGAAUAGAGGUGGAAGAGAAAUGAGGAAUGGAGGAAGAGGACGGAGUAGAAAGAGGAGUAAGGACUAGAGGAGUAGAAAGAGGAGUAAGGACUAGAGGAGUAGAAAGAGGAACAAGGACCAGAGGCAUAGAAAGAGGAAAAGAGGAGUAGGGACUAGAGGAGUAGAAAGAGGAGCAAGGACCAGAGGAGUAGAAAGAGGGGUAAGGACUAGAGGAGCAGAAAGAGGAGCAAGGACCAGAGGAGUAGAAAGAGGAGCAAGGACCAGAGGAGUAGAAAGAGGGGUAAGGACUAGAGGAGUAGAAAGAGGAGUAGGGACUAGAGGAGUAGAAAGAGGAGCAAGGACCAGAGGAGUAGAAAGAGGGGUAAGGACUAGAGGAGUAGAAAGAGGAGUAGGGACUAGAGGAGUAGAAAGAGGAGCAAGGACCAGAGGAGUAGAAAGAGGGGUAAGGACUAGAGGAGUAGAAAGAGGAGCAAGGACCAGAAGAGUAGAAAGAGGAGUAAGAACUAGAGGAGUAGAAAGAGGAAUAAGGACUAGGGGAGUAGAAAGAGGAGCAAGGAACAGAGGCAUAGAAAGAGGAGCAAGGACCAGAGGAGUAGAAAGAGGAGUAAGGACUAGAGGAGUAGAAAGAGGAGUAAGGACUAGGGGAGUAGAAAGAGGAGCAAGGACCAGAGGAUUAGAAAGAGGAGUAAGGACUAGAGGAGUAGAAAGAGGAGUAAGGACUAGGGGAGUAGAAAGAGGAGCAAGGAACAGAGGCAUAGAAAGAGGGGUAAGGACUAGAGGAUUAGAAAGAGGAGCAAGGAACAGAGGCAUAGAAAGAGGAGCAAGGACCAGAGGAGUAGAAAGAGGAGUAAGGACUAGAGGAGUAGAAAGAGGAGUAAGGACUAGGGGAGUAGAAAGAGGAGCAAGGAACAGAGGAUUAGAAAGAGGGGUAAGGACUAGAGGAGUAGAAAGAGGAGUAAGGACUAGAGGAGUAGAAAGAGGAGUAAGGACUAGAGGAAUAGAAAGAGGGGUAAGGACUAGAGGAGUAGAAAGAGGGGUAAGGACUAGAGGAGUAGAAAGAGGGGUAAGGACUAGAGGAGUAGAAAGAGGGGUAAGGACUAGAGGAGUAGAAAAAGGAACAAGGACCAGAGGCAUAGAAAGAGGGGUAAGGACUAGAGGAGUAGAAAGAGGAGCAUGGACCAGAGGAGUAGAAAGAGGAGUAAGGACUGGAGGAGUAGAAAGAGGAGUAAGGACUAGGGGAGUAGAAAGAGGAACAAGGACCAGAGGCAUAGAAAGAGGGGUAAGGACUAAAGGGGUAGAAAGAGGAGCAAGGACCAGAGGAGUAGAAAGAGGAGUAAGGACUAGGGGAGUAGAAAGAGGAGCAAGGACCAGAGGCAUAGAAAGAGGACCAAGGACUAGAGGAGUAGAAAGAGGAGUACGGACUAGAGGAGUAGAAAGAGGAGCAAGGACCAGAGGAUUAGAAAGAGGAACAAGGACCAGAGGAGUAGAAAGAGGAACAAGGACUAGAGGAGUAGAAAGAGGAGUAAGGACUAGAGGAGUAGAAAGAGGAGCAAGGACCAGAGGAUUAGAAAGAGGAACAAGGACUAGAGGAGUAGAAAGAGGAGUAAGGACUAGAGGAGUAGAAAGAGGAGCAAAGACCAGAGGAUUAGAAAGAGGAACAAGGACCAGAGAAGUAGAAAGAGGGGUAAGGACUAGAGGAGUAGAAAGAGGAGUAAGGACUAGAGGAGUAGAAAGAGGAACAAGGACCAGAGGCAUAGAAAGAGGGAGGAGUAGAAAGAGGAACAAGGACCAGAGGAUUAGAAAGAAGAACAAGGACCAGAGGCAUAGAAAGAGGACCAAGGACUAG